CUUCGCCGUGAAACACGUAUGCGGUCGUCGUAUCGCAUAUUACAGGGUGAGCCAGAAAUCGAGCGGUCUCCCCGGAGCAGCCUGUGCGGAUCGUUUUGCCUCACUCAUGCACUAUUGAAGGAACGAUCGGCGUCGACGAGCUCGACAAGCCGAAGCGACUCGCUCGCGCUCCUGUGGCGGUCGAGCAUUUGACGGUCGACGUGACGUGACGGUUGCUCGUGACGUGACUCAUUCCGUACGAGACGCAUAUACAUACGUAUACGCGCGUGAUACAUAGCGCUGCCGCGUCAAAGCAGCGAAAAUACGAAAAUCGCGAGUAGGAUUCGCCGUCAUAGGCACAGACGCAAACGUGUGUACGCGCGAGAGAUUUCUGAUGUGACAGCUGCAUACGUGACACGUACAUUCGACGUCGAGGAGAUCGCACAAGCGUGUUUGUAAGCGCACGUUCGAAUCGCGAACGAGACGCCCCGAACACCUCUCGGAUCUCUUUGCAUGCUGCAUACAUUAUAAGAAAACAUGCCUCUGUUUGGAAAGUCCCAGAAGAGUCCAGCGGAGGUGGUGAAGGCUCUCAAGGAGGCGGUAAAUGCGUUGGAACGUGGCGACAAGAAGGUAGAGAAGGCGCAAGAAGAUGUGAGCAAGAAUCUUGUACACAUUAAAAACAUGCUAUACGGCACGGCUGAAACGGAACCCCAGGCGGACAUUGUGGUGGCACAGUUGGCGCAAGAGUUGUACAACAGCAAUCUGCUGCUUCUGCUUGUGCAAAAUCUGAGUCGCAUCGACUUCGAGGGAAAAAAGGAUGUCGCGCAGGUCUUCAAUAACAUUCUGCGGAGGCAGAUUGGAACUAGGUCACCCACGGUAGAAUACAUAUGUACUAAACCUGAAAUUCUUUUUACACUUAUGUCUGGCUACGAACACCAAGACAUCGCGCUCAACUGUGGCACAAUGUUGCGAGAAUGCGCGAGAUAUGAGGCGUUGGCAAAAAUUAUGAUCUAUUCGGAUGACUUUUACAACUUCUUCAGAUACGUCGAAGUGUCUACAUUUGAUAUCGCGUCUGAUGCUUUCUCUACGUUUAAAGAAUUACUUACAAGGCACAAAAUACUCAGCGCUGAAUUUUUAGAGAUACAUUAUGAUAAAGUUUUCUCACAUUAUCAAAGGUUACUCAAUUCAGAAAAUUAUGUAACACGACGACAAAGUUUAAAGUUGUUGGGCGAGUUAUUACUCGAUAGACACAAUUUUACAGUCAUGACACGAUAUAUAUCGAAUCCAGAUAAUUUGAAGUUAAUGAUGAACAUGCUGAAAGAGAAAUCUCGCAAUAUACAGUUUGAAGCUUUCCACGUCUUCAAGGUAUUUGUAGCAAAUCCCAACAAACCGAAACCCAUUCUGGACAUAUUGCUCCGCAAUCAGGAGAAGCUAAUCGAGUUCCUGACGCGCUUCCACACGGAUCGUUCCGAGGACGAACAGUUCAAUGACGAGAAGGCGUAUCUGAUUAAGCAGAUCAAAGAACUUAAGUCUGUACAUGAUAAUUAAGUCAAGGAAAUACAAUUAUUGCUACUGCUACGAUUAACUAUCACUACACUCAUUAUUACUAUCGAGUCUACUGCUGCUGUUGCUAAUUACGAUUUUAUCACUAUUAUAUAGGCAGUUAUAAUUUAUCAUCAUCACAUCAUUGUCAUUUUCACCGUUAUUACUACCAUUACCAUCGUCAUCAUCAUCUCGGCAUUAUUAUUAUUAUUAUUAU